UCAAGGAUCAAGCCAACUACGUUCUUCUAAACGAGAUCGAUCAAAAACUCAAUCUCGUUUACGUCCUCAUUCACCCAACACUCGGUCUAGUCAAUCCUCUAGAUCUUCUGAUUUCUCAGACUGUGAUCUCUUUAGUAAUCCUACCAUCAUCAGUACCAAUACCGAUGCUUCUGUACCCAACACACUUACUCCUGAGAUCAUCGAAUCGAUUCGUAAUACAUUUGGAGCCGAUGCAGAAGAGUUGUAUGGUCAACAACUAACAUUGGUUCAAAUCGAACAAAUCUAUCAUCAUCUUGAAUCGAAACGGAAUCUUGAGGUCUUUCAAUCUGCUCAACCUCAAUCUAAUGCUUUGGAAAAGAAAUCUCGUUCAAAGAGUCAUCGAGGACGACCUACUUCAAGUCUUAAUGGAGAUUGUAAGGUUAAUGGAAGAGAUAUGAAAUGA